GCUUUCCCUGUGCAAAAUGGCUUUGCAAGCACAAACCGAGACGCUGCUGGCACAGCCCAGCGAGGCUCCAAGCCCAAGCCUUUCCAACUGGGAGGUUGUCUCGGAGCAGCCUGCAAGCGGAGCAAGCGCUUCGGUCGAUGGAUCGCCAGUGUCUUCCGAGGCGGAUGACCUGGUUGCCCACUUUACGCAAAUGAAGCUGCCGGACGCCAAGCGCUGGGCCAGGAAGUUUCGCACGGCUGGCUACUGCGACAUGGACGAGUUGGGGGAGGCAGAUUUGGCAGCAGUCUUUGAGGAGCUGCAGGUGCCUUCUGGCAUCCGGACAAAGAUGGCGAGGGGGAUGUCCGAGUUUAAGGCGGGGAACUUUGCAACCGCCUUCCCCAUGCCAGCCGGGGAUCUGGAUGCCACAGCGCCGGUGAAGGCGAAUGAGAUCAACUGGGGCCGGCUAGCGGUUGGCGCGGGGCUGGUGGUGGCAGCUGGCGCGGCAGUUGGAAUUACGGCAGCGUUGAGGGUGGCUAUGGCCCAGGGCACAACCAUUGCAGCCACUGGCAUCUUUGUAGCAGGCGAUUGCCUGGAUGGCGAUGCCUUGAUCAUUAUGUCUGAUCGAUCCCAGAAAAAGAUCAAGAACAUGAGAGCAGGUGAUCAGAUUCUGGCAUUCAAUGCGGGCAAGAUGAAGGUCAAGCAAGUCCUGAAGGUGGAAACUGGCAAGAGCAGCUCGAUGAGGGCUCUCACCCUUCGCCGCGCCACAGGGGGAGAGUUCAUCAUCAAGGCCACAGCAGGCCACCCUUUCUACACCAAGGCGAACGGUUGGGCAGUUCUGGACCCCGUAGCCGGUCACUUCGACAAGUCGAAGCCUGUGGCAAAACUGGCCGUUGGAGAGGAGCUGGUCCUGCAUCGGGGCAAUCUGGCGAAGGUGGUGGAUAUCGGACCAUUGCUGCAGCGGCAGGACACCUUCAACUUGCACGUGGACGGCCCGGGCACCUUCUUCGCUGAAGGCAUUUUGUCGCACUCAGGGCUGCCCCCACUCACGAAGAAGUGAGGGCAGCUUAUCGACUCGGGCCAUGUCCGCCGUGCAGGGGUGGUGCUUGUGGUCCUGUCGCUUUUAAGAGUACGCAGCAAGUUGCUGACAGAAACGUGUACCAUGUACAGGUCAGGUAGUGGCCCAUCAAGCCCUCUGUGCUAUUAUCUUACCACGGAAAGUUUGAGCAGCUGUCCUCGUUG